GUUCUGUGGCCCUCCUGCCUCCUGCGUACUCGUCUCCAAUUAAUGUGCGCCGCAUAGCUGGAACAUUUGCUUAUAUUUCUAUCUAUCUGGUAUAUUUGCCCGCGGGACUGAUUGUGACAAGGUGCUUUACUCUGGCGUCAUCAUGAUGGAUAGUCUCUCGUUUGAUGAAUUGGGCUCAUGGGAUGACAUCUCGGACACCGUUUCUCUUCUAGAGAACGAGGACCAGCAUGAUCCACGAAAUAUCGAUCCUCGCCCAACACCACAAGAGAUCGUUGACAUCGACAAGUCCAUAGUAGAGCUCGAAGCAGAGCUCGUCCGCCUCAAGUUGAGAAGGGAUCAAGUUAUGGCUGAUAGGGCACUCAUCACCCGUCUCCCCUCUGAGCUUCUAUCCCGCAUCUUCGAACUAGGCGUGUACGGUGAUUCAAAUUUGCUCCUUGCCAUUUCCCUCGUCUCCCACCAUUGGCGGAGCGUCGCGCUCGUUACUCCAUCGCUUUGGACGUACAUCGUGUUGGACUCCCAGUGGGGCCUCACCCGCAUACCCGCCUUCAUGCGCCGCUUGCGUGCGCAUCUCGAGCGUUCGCAGACAUGCAAGCUUCUUGUCGACCUCGACAUAAACUGCAUCGAUAAUCAAGAGCUGCACGAUGUCAUGGUCGUGCUCCGUCCAGAGAUGGCGCGCUGCUAUAAUUUUCGCGUGUUCGCUCCUUGCUGGGACUCAUUGCGGCUGAUACGGCCUUAUCUGACUAUGCUCGGUCCGGCGUUAGAGCAGCUGUGCAUGCGCGCAAGCAUGUCGGACAUCGAGACGCCCUAUCACUCUCUCUUGGGGCAGCCAUGCCUGCGGCUCAAGACGCUCGUUCUCCAGCAGCUGCCACUGUCAUGCGUUGAUGUGGAAAUGCCUCAGCUGCGACGGUUGGAAUUGAUAUGCGACCAACAACAUCGCCGCUCAUCAAAUCGGCGAUUCGGGGUCAUGCUCAAGGAACUGCUCAAUACAAUUGCUAGAGCACCUGCUCUGGAAGACUUGCGCUUGCAUUCAAUCGUGUUUCUGCUCGACGACAGCAGGCACAUAUUCCAGGAAACGCUGCAGUUGACAACAAUGCCGUCGCUGUGCACCCUCUACUUCCAUACCGUCGACUCAUUGAACAUCUUGCUGUUUCUGGAAUCUAUGCAUCUGCCUUCCCUGCAACGUCUCUCCGUAUCCAUGGACCCAUCGGCAGAUGAGAACAUGAACUGGCUCUUGCAUGUCUCGCACGCAUCGCCGACGCGCAUGCCUGCGUUGCGCCAGCUCGACCUUUGCACAUGCAGUAUCGACGGCACCGCACUGGCCCCAUUUAUCAGAGCGUUGCAUCAACUUCCUCAGGUCACAGCGCUCUCGUUGUCAUCACCGCGUCUAGGUUUCCUAGGAGCGCAGUUCUUCGACCUGCUCGCCGCUGGUCCGGGUACGACGGGUGCAUGGAUUUUGCCCCGCCUGCAGGCGCUUUGUCUACGGCAGUGUACGGACGUUACCGGACACGAGCUGCUACGAGUUGUCUCCGCGCGAAAUGGCGCGUCCUUUUCGGAAGCAAAGGCUAUCAAGUAUUUGAAGAUAUCUCAGUGCGACGCAUUCGAUUCAGAAGUGCUGGACCAGCUUCAUGCAGUUGUUGACUGUGUGAAGGUCAUUUAGUCGGUGAUUUGCCACUGGGGGCUGGCGCGCACUAUCACCGCCAUCUCACGCUGCUAUGAAUCUAUUGUGGCCAAGCGAUUGUCGACUCUCUUGCAAUCAUGCAUAGAUGCUAGUCCCUGACAUAUACCUUCCUAUCUGUGGCUUGCAAUGGCAGUGAGAAUUCAUGUUCGUACUGACUUCGCCCUUCAUGUGUAUUUGUACGAUUGACUUUGUACUAUGUCUGCGAACACGGACAUUGGAUUCAGCUCAAUCUUCCCUUUGUACUGUAACCUGUUUCUUGCUGAUAGCGGCGUGUUUUGCAGUGAAGCUUACGAGAAUUAAUUGUAGCUCUGCUCACCUAACAGCAUGACAGACGAAAUGUAUGACCAUGUUCUCGGCCAGUCGGGCUGGCCUUGAAUGACUUACGUGUACUGUAAUACAUGUAUUCCUGUGUCAUCAAUGAUAAUCUUCCGC